GUGCGUGGUAGCGUUGAGCAGCGCCGAGCAACAUGAGGCGACGGAACAACGGCGGUUCCACUUAUUUUUGCCAGGCGUCGUCGAAUAUCAAGCGAAACGGUCGCGGUGGUUGCAGCGAGACGAACGAGGCGAACGAGCCACCGGGAUGGUGCAUCUACGUGGCGGUCGCGCUCGUCGCGGUCGGCUGUUAUCUCAAUGCGCUCGAUUGCGACUUCGUGCACGAUGACAUACCGGCGGUGGUGAGGAACAGGGACGUGACCGGCGAGGCGUCAUGGAGCAGCGUGCUCAACGACGAUUUCUGGGGUACGCCGAUGGAGAGCAUCAAUAGUCACAAGAGCUAUCGACCUUUCACCACUCUGACGUUUCGGUUAAACUACUUGAUGGCGGGUCUAAGUCCCAUGUGGUAUCACGCCACGAACGUCGCCUUACAUGCCGCUGCGUGCAUCUUAGUCACCAGAGUGAGCCUCGUAGUAGCCGCGCUACGACCGGGAUUUGCAGCGCUCGCCGGACUACUAUUCGCCACACAUCCCGUGCACACGGAAGCGGUGACUGGCAUCGUAGGCAGAGCGGAUGUUCUAGCGUGUAUCUUCUUUUUGCUGUCUUUUCUUGCCUAUCACGGCCAACAGACGGCUUACGUAUGGUCUAGCGUUUGUCUAGGUGCCCUAUCAAUGCUGGCGAAGGAAACUGGCGUUACUGUUCUAGUACUGAACUUUCUUUACGACUUCUGUCGUUCCUGGCAUUCAAUCAAGAGGUCUAUUUCCGAAGCCAGGUGGAACGACGAUUCUAGAUAUUUUUCCAGACGUGCCGCAGCGUUACUUAUUUCAUUUAGCAUACUUCUUGUGGUGCGGCUCGCUCUACUUCAUGGUACUUUGCCGAACUUCUCCGCGCAGGAUAAUCCAGCUGCUUUUCAUCCCUGUUUCCACGUUAGAUUGUUGACUUUUUGUUACCUGGCGGCGCUGAAUUGUUGGUUGCUCCUGUGUCCGGCUAUACUCUCGCACGAUUGGCAAAUGGGAUCUGUUCCUCUGGUUACAUCUUUUACGGAUACCAGAAAUCUAGCCACUUGUAUAUUUUUCGGCGGUUGUCUAGUCCUCACGUACAAAGCCUUCACGGAUUUCGAGCAACAAAGGCAUCCGCCUCUUGUUCUGGGUUGGAUGUUCCUGGUGCUGCCGUUCCUACCUGCGUCCAAUCUUUUUGUCACAGUAGGUUUUGUUGUGGCAGAACGAGUUUUAUAUACACCGAGUGUCGGAUGGAUUAUUUUGAUCGUCUACGGUAUGCAGGUGAGCUGGACCGCUGUACCGCGACGGAAAAGCUGGCUUACUUCGGGCGUAGCUCUCCUGUUCUUAUUAGGAUGUUUCAAAACGGUUCUUCGGAACAACGAUUGGAGAUCUAGAGAAACUUUAAUCAAAGCGGGACUGCGGUCUCUACCCUACAAUGCCAAGAUGCAUUACAACUUCGCUAACUUCCUUAAAGACACGUCGCAACCGAAUCUUGCGGUUCAUCAUUAUCAGUUGGCUCUCUGGCUUUGGCCAGGGUAUGCUAGUGCACACAAUAAUCUUGGAACUCUCACGAUAGAUGACCAAGCUGAAUAUCAUUUUCUAGCAGCUAUUAACGCUCAUCCUGGUCACGUAAAUGCUCAUUAUAAUCUCGGACGAUUGUACAGACGAACGAAUCGAACUGAGCAGUGUAUCGAGAUGCUAAGAAAAUGCGUGUUGCUGGAUCCUGCAUACGCGCCGGCAUUCAGAGUCCUAGCGAGAAUCGCUACUGGUCCUGCAACAGGCGAGCUCCUGCGGCACGUAAUUCACCUUCAGCCACGAAACCCAGACGCUCUCGCCGAGUAUGCUUACUGGUUAUACAAGAACGGCAAAUGGUUGCCCUCGCUCCGGUACUAUUUCAAAGCGAUGGAGAUCUUUCCGUCGCACAAACCGUCGCUUAUAGGUUCGCUCAGGAUUUUGAGGUCGCGAGGUCAGUGGUCCAGAGUACACCAGCUCAUCAUAAGAUGGCAUUUAAUGUUACGAGCGAAACGAGGAGGCUUCAUCUAUCGUGGGGAUUUGUAUAUUCGUGCGUGGGAGUUACAAAGCGAAUCUCGUCAAAGGACUCAUCAACAUCAACGGAAUCUCUGCAUAUCGGAGAACGGAUGUUCGAGGCCACGCGUGGCCAGCGUGUCGGUACAACUCGAACAAGACAGCAACAAGUCGGAACAGCUGCAGCGGACGCCGCGUUGUAACGUGCGCGCUUGCAGACAGCCAAGAAAAGGGAAGGCGCGCGUGACCGCACCCACCCUGCUCGUGCAGAAUUUUCUGGAGACGCUUUAGUCCGCCCCGAUCGGGGGUGAACGGGUCUACCUCCUGGUUCAUUCGCCAGCUGAAAAUAGGCCGUGAAAGAUGGAGAGAAAGAGAGAACGCGAUACUCCGACCGCGUAGCAGCAGCCUCGUCCGACGAUCGUCAGCGACGAAAAAGAGAGUCCUAUUAUAGUGGAAUGCCUGAAUAUUUUUCGUAUGCCGUGUUUAUGUGCUAUCUGGGACCGCAAGCCCGACCUGUCGCGAAUCAAUCACGAUAACGAAACGGAAAAAAAAGGUAUACAUAUAUCGUUAUCGUUUAUGUGUCCUCGCGUUCUUCGUGGCAUCUUGUUGUUUAUUCUGUCGAUCGGAUAGUGACGAUGCAAGUCGCGAUCUCUUCGAAAAUAAAGUCGCUAAUGAAAAAAAAAAAGCAAAAAGAAACAGAUGCCUGCUCCGUAGAUAUAUAUCUUUGGCUUCGCGAACGUGGAUGAAACGUUCUGAAAUCAUUCACGUCAGGACAAAUGACAAUGUGCGCUAAUGGUGAGAAUUGAAUACUAGAAUUAAACUCCUUGAAAAUUAUUUUGCCACUUUUAAAUUCAUCAUAAGAAUAUUUAACGAGAGAGGACCAAGGGAGAUUCGAGCGAUUAACUAUGUGCGGCAAACAAUUAUACCAAGUUUCCCGCGUAUUGAUUAAACGCAUAAUCAGGUAUGACAUAAAGCCGUGUGCGUUCAAGCGUGUAUCUACCUAUACUUUUGAAAAAUGAUAAUUGUAAUUGAUAAUACAGUUACGUAGUAUAACGUGUUCUAUAAAUAUUUGGUGUAACUCGUGUGUGCUUUCAACGUUUUUACAAUGUCCGUUUCAAUGAAGCGAUAAAGCUAUCAUUGUACAUGUAAUAUCAGAAAUAUAAAGUGUUUCAACAAACAAUAUCAUAAUAAAAAUUGAAGAUCACAUUCGUGAAAAAUAUUUUGACAAAAAAAUUUCGGUGGGCAAUUUAGCGAAACUAGUCGUCUCAAAAAUACUUGAUGAGUAAAUAUCGUAUUAAAAAUAAAUCGAUCGUCUUAUUAAAGAGUCUCUUAAAUUCACAAACAUUCAUACAAUUUUCAUUUUUGAUAAAUCUAUGCACACAUACACAGAUGUACACGUAUACACAUUGAUUGAGAUAUAUGUAUAUACCUUUUCUCAUCGUUUGUAUACCAAAGAUAAAAGCUAUAUACGAAAAAUAAAAUCAGGGCGUCGAAUUUUAUCUUUUUCAUAAUAAUGACAAUAGCACAGUGGAAGAGACGGGAAUACGAUGGGUAUACUUUCGGGACUCUAUCUCGGAUCGUACUUUGUGUUCCUCUCUCGUAGAUACGCAAUUUUACGCACGUAAAUACACGGUGCCAAUACUAGGGUAAUGAAUGUGCCGCUAAUCUGUGGCGUUUGGUAUGGCUUUUGUAUGAAAAUUGAAGAAACAAAUAAUUUUAAAGAAAUACAUUCUUCGAUGAGCUUGGUAUGGCAAUGUUCUAUUGCAAGUAUAUCAUAAAGAAGACUUUUAAUAUCCGUAGUCAGAAAAUCAAUAUUACUUUUUUUUCAACAUUAUAAAUAUUUAUUAUAAAAAAUAAUAUAUUUCAAAUUAAUGUUUAUAUAUUCAGAUCAAAAUUAAUGAAUAUUCCAUCAAAAAUAAUAUUGAGAUUGGCAACAAGUUAAAUAAAAUAUUGCUGGGAACAUUUAAUUAAAUAGUUUAUAAAAUUAAAUCAAUUCCUUUUCGAGUUUAGCAUAUAACGUUUAACCAAAUAUAAUUAAAUAUAAGCGGUUAACAUUAUUAUAAAAUGUGAAUUUUAAUUAUUUAUUGCAUUUUACGAAUACUUUAUGAAUACUUGCAAAACCUUGCCGAAACUUAAUAGAAGACCAAUGUAUAUACCUGUAUACAGAAAAGAAAUGUUACAUCGAAAGUUUUGUCGAUGCUUAUUAAACUUCUCUAUUAUAAAACUACUGUCAUGUAAUAUCGUUAUAACGAAUUCGAGUAAAUAAAUUUUGGCCAUCCGGUUACAACGGCCUGUGGUACUUCGCAAAACACUGCGGAUAGUGGGAAAAAUGCAACGAAACGAGAAUAAGAUCUAAACUAUAAUGGUAUAUGGAAAUGGUAAUGCAUAUGUAUGAAGUUACAUUUUCAGUUACUAUAUUUUUCUGUCUACAUUCUUGUUUGUUAUUCGCAGCUCAAAUAUCUUUAUUCUAAUAUUUUCAACGUAAUGUAAACAUCAAAUGAAAUAAUAUCUUAAUAUAAAUUUCAUCGUUUUCAUUUAUAUUUAAUGUCAAUCACAAAAGAUAUAAUACGGACCAUAUUUGAAAUUUUUUAAUUUUAUGUAGAUAGAAAUAUAAUUUCGAUUGUAUUACUUUAUAUUAACAGUCAAUUAAAUUGGAGAAGAAUUUAGUUAAUAAAAUUUAACGUGAUAUAGAAAUUAUACGUUAAUCGGCCAGCGUCAAUCAGAGUUGCACAAGCAUAAUACUAUCAUUAAGAGAUGAAAGAUAAAGCUUUUUCCUCGCGGUAGGAAGCAAACGGAUAAAGUUAUUAAAAUAGGAGGAGAGUUGCUCAUUAGCUACGAUAAGAAAUAAAAUACUUGAAGGCUAAUACAUUUAAUACAAGGUAUGGAAGUGAGUAUUCUAUUUUUCGUACGUUUAAGCCUUAGGCAUUUCUCCAAUUUUAACGGGAAAUAAGUAUUUAGCGCCACUGCAUUUUAUUAUGAAUUCCACGAGAUAGCGUAGUUGCAUAUAUAAAAAUUACAUUACCCGUGACAGAUACGUCUAUUCUGCUAUAUUAGUGAAGACAAUUUUGUGAUAUUACGUAACGGUAAUUAAACGUCGAAAAUCCGACGGUUAAAAAUAAUUUGCAAUUCAUAUAGCUGCAGGAAUUGAGCCCCGUAUUUUCCAUGUAGAUGUUAGCGAACAUAAUUGGACAUAUAUUACGAUAUAUUUUGUUUUUAUCGGAGCAAUCUUUUUCUUGUCAGGACGUUUGGCCGAUCGACAAAUUCAACAGCCAAUUAGUCUAUCGUCAUACAAAUGGAAUUAACAAAUGGAAUGUUUCGUGAAAUAUUUAAUAUUAUCAAUCUGUUUUCAUAAUACAGACGAAAGGAAAUUUAAAAGAUUCAAAAUUAGAAAAACUCACGGCACUAAAGUGCAGAAAUUCGGUAUCAGAAAUUGAACGUGGGGCCGUGUAUAAUUAGCCGCAAUUUGAUUAGUCUAGGUUACUACUCGAUAGACCAGUUUGUAUAUCUAAUUACGAUACGUUAUUACUCAUACUCAUUGUGAAUAAUACAGCAAUUAUAAAUUAUCAUAAUAAAGUGUAUGUUUAUAUACAUA